AUGCUCAGACUGAUAGGAUCCAACACAGUAAGAAGCCUGCAACAAACAGGCCUAAGAUAUGCGUCGAAUUUCCCCAAGUUCGACCCAUCAAAAUUAAAUCCGAUAUCGAGGGACACCAUAGAUUCAAACACAAAGAUUAACAUUCCAUUAAAUAUACCCCGUAUGGAAACUAAGAGUGCUGAAGAGAAGAAGAAGACCGGUACACAAUACAGCUUCACUUCUGUUUUGAAUCCUCGUGAUGACGCCAUGUCGUCCAGACUGGUGGAUGUUUAUGCUGGGAGGAUCAUCGAAGUUCGUGAUCAUAACACGUCACAAGCAUUCCGGUCUUUGAAUUCAAUGCUGAGCUAUAAUGGGGUGGCAAGAGAUAGAAGAUCUCAGCGGUUUUAUAUGAAACCGGGGAAAGUUGCAGAAUUGAAGAAGUCUCAAAGACAUAGGAAGGUGUUCAUGCUGGCAUUUAAGAGGAUGAUGGAUCUGGUUAAAGACGCUAAGAGGAAAGGAUAUUAG